GCCAACUCACCCACACCUGGUACCGGCAGCCCUGACUGUUGGGCGUGUGUUGCUCGUGUCAAUGGCGGUGUGUCUGAUGCGAGCCGCUGGGCUUGGAGCCUCCCGUCCUCUCGCAUUUGCGGCGAGACAUCAGCGCGCGUGCUCUGCGGCGGGCAGGAGUAAAGCUUGGUGCUCACGGGGCGGCGGCGGCGGCGGCGGCGGCGCCAGCGCCAGCAGGGUUAGCUCUCGGGCUUUGGGCACGGGGGUUCGCAUGGGCGCGGCUAUCAGCAGAACCGCAAUAGCCAAAAUGCGCGUGGCGGAGCUGAGGGAAGAGCUUGCAAGCAGGGGUCUCGACAACACCGGCAUACGACCUGUGCUGCAAGGUCGGCUCAUCGAAGCGAAAGAGACGGAGUGGGCGCAGGCCGUUAUCGACCGAUCCCGUCAGCGGGAGCGCUCCAACACGACCGAGCCGCCGCGUGCCGCUGGAACGACCGCGCCGCCGGGGCCCGCGCGAUCGCAGGUCGCCACGAGCCAGGCGGCUCGGACACCUUCCCCGCGAAUACGACAACAACAACAACAACGCGGGAUCAGUACGAGUAGCACCAAGCCCGGACGGCAACGAUCAACCACGCACCUCCUGCAGUUCGACGGAGGAUCGAGAGGAAACCCCGGGCCGAGCGGUUGCGGUGCCGUGUUGUAUAGGCUGGACGAAAGCGGGGAGCGGGAAGAGGUGUGGAGCAGCAGCGUGUGGAUUGGGGAGAAGCGAACCAACAACGAGGCGGAGUACAGGGGUCUGAUUGAAGGACUUAUCGCUGCGGAGAAGCUAGGAAUCAAGCGGCUGUCUGUGGAGGGAGACUCGAAGCUAGUUAUUCAGCAGAUGCUUGGCAAUUACAAGGGAAAGCAAGGCAAGACAGAGAGAGGGGGAGUUGGAGGAGGACGAGGAGGAGGGGUUACGAGCCCAAAGAUGCAACCUCUGUUUAGAGAAGCCACGACUAUAUCGAAAGCCUUUGACGCGCUGGAACUGGGGCACAUUAUGAGAGCGCAUAACGAGCGGGCAGACGACCUAGCGAACAUCGCCAUGGAUACCGAAACAUCCAGCUCUUGCACCCACCGGAGUUACUCCACCGACCUCGCUGAACCAGAGGAAUAG